AUGUUGACUGGCAAUGGACUCGACGUGAUCACAGCAGCAGCAAUCGCCGCGCUGAGCAGCGAGGUCGUUUUCCACCCACUAGAUACGAUGAUAACCCGAAUGCAAUGCAAAGACUACAGCACAGUGUAUAAGCACAGCAACGGGUCACUGAGACGCGCUUUGUUUACCGGUCUCUAUCAGGGAUUUGGUCCAACACUAUUUGCCGGCAUCCCUUCCUCAGCCGCAUUCUUCGCCACAUACGAAGUGUCAAAAACAUCAUUUGAAAGAGCACAGCGCGCUGGAUAUUUCCCAGGAGUUCCGAAGUCGAUAUUUCAUGGUAUUAGCAGCGCCGUGGCUGAGCUUGUUGCUUGUGCAUUUCUAAAUCCCGCAGAGGUAUUGAAGCAAAAUGCGCAAGUUUCUCAACAAUCCGCAGGUUUGCCAAAAGGAGGUCCGCCUGCCUCUAUAAGAAUGCUGAAGAACUUCUAUAAGCAGCCUUCAGCACUGUGGUCGGGAUAUUGGAUGCUUGUUGCUGGUCAACUUCCUAGUGUCUGUCUGACCUUUUGCUUGUACGAGUCCUUCAAAGAAUCGCUAUACGAAAAACAGCGCCAUCUCGCCGAUACUACCAUGGGACAAAUUGAAGCUAGUGUUUUAUGUGGUGGUAUUGCUGGCGGCUGCUCUUCUUGGUUCUUUGUUCCCAUCGACGUUGUCAAAACACGGAUGCGGUUGGCUCUGGGGGAUGAGAUGAAAUUAUCCCGUUCGCCCGUGGAUAAAGUUGGCUUCGGAACUGUUGAAAUCCAUUCUUCCGUACGGGUCACGGUGAGACCAAGUGCACUCUCUGUUGCUCAAGAUAUAUUCGCCAAAGAAGGAAUCCCGGGCUUCUUCCGUGGUUCUAAGUUGACCUGCAUUGCAGCAAUAGUGUGCAGUGCGAUGUACAUUGGUUCCUACGAAGGUGUGAAACUCUGCCUGGGAACUACUGAUCCGUUAUUAUAA